AUGCCGUUAAGCGAUGUUGAUCGCACCCGACGACGGAUUUCCACCGAUGUUUCAUUAGACGAUGUGAAAUUCGUAUUCUAUUCGUAUAACGAGUCCUAUUUCGAAGAAAAAACAUUUCAUUCGGUUCAUGAGCUUAUAUUCGUUUUGGAGAAUCAAAUUAAGAACGGUCAUUCCAACAAAGACAGAUACCAUUGGAUUGAAGUUAUCAAUUUCAGCUCGAUUGCUCUUCCGACCAGUAUCAGACUUCUCUGUCGACAUUUUAACAUUCAUCCAUUAACAGUCGAAGAUAUCACAACACUAGCUUCAUACACAAAAUUAGAUUUAUUUCAUCAGAACGGUGCACUUUAUCUUUUAAUGAAGCUUUUAACAUGGAAUGGUUCUCGAGUUGAACAACAGCAGAUAUCGUUCUAUUUACACUGUUCAAAGAAUAUGUUAAUUACAUUUCAAGAACAAUCGAAAGAUCAUCAUCAAUCGUUUUUUCAAACUAUUCGAAAUCGUCUCCGGCGACAACAGUCUUAUUCGACGACUAGCGAAGAUUUUCAACAAUAUCAAUCAUCUCGUUUGCGACAAUUAAACGUUGAUUAUUUGUUCUGCUGUUUGUUGGAUGAUAUCAUUGACAGAUACACAUUUGUCAUGGAAGAAAUAGCAGAUCGUAUUGCUUAUUACGAUCAAAUUCUGAUGGCCGAUCGACAAUCGAGAACAAUGUCGAUUCUCUAUUCGAUCUAUCGUCUGAAACAUGAUUUACUUCAUUUACGUAUUUUAUUUAACCCAUUAAAAGAAAUCAUAGCUCGUCUGCAGCGUGUAACAUCCGAUGAUCCAUUCUUGUCUUUUCCACGCACCGAUCCCGCAUUACGAUUAGGUUUAAAACAUCACAUUGUUCGUCGGCAAGCUAAAACAAAUCGUUUUAUAUCCAACUCUUCAUCUAAAAAGAACAAAUUCUCAUCAAUUUAUCUGAACGACUAUAUCUAUGUCUAUUUAAACGAUUUAAAUCACCAUAUUGACCAAUUAAUCGAUUCAUUAGAAAUUCAACGUGAAAGCGUAUCGAUUCUGAUUUCAUUUUGGAUUACAUUGAAUAGUAAUGAAAUACAGGAGAUACUUCAAAUCCUCAUGUUGAUCACUGUUCUAUUUAUGCCAUGUACAUUGUUAACUGGUAUGAAUUCAACAAAUUUCUAUUUUCAAGCAUUCUUAGAAUACCACUAUGGAUAUUAUAUCAUUUUAUCUGCAUUGGCACUCAUUUUUCUGGGUAUGGUCACAUGGUACAAAGUUAAAAAAUGGAUCUAA